AGGAGAGUACAAGCAACUUAAUGAAGAAGAAGGGGUUGGGCAAAAUUGAAUGGUUAAGAGGAUGGUUUAAUGUGAUUUAUGAGAUGUUGUUUCAGAGAAUCCAAUGCCUCUUCCUCCUCUCCCCCAAGAUUUCACUUGUAUUAUCACCGGAUCUACUAGUGGAAUUGGCCGUGAAAUUGCCAUGUUUUCUUUUGUUUCUCUAUCUUUUUUCUUGAAUUUCUGAUUUUAGUGUUGUAUUUGAUUGAUUCGGAUUUUUAGGAAAUUUGAAAAUUGGGUUUUGUGGAAAAUGGAUGAAUUGAAGGUGGGUUGUUGAUGAUCUUUUCAGAUGUACCUGUUACUUGAAUUCAUGAUUUCAACUGAUUGAGAGUGGCUGAUGGGGUGGGUUGGCUGUUGGUGGUGAUUGGUGUUCGCCGGAAUUGAUUGCAGCAGCGAGGAGCAAGGACGAUAGAGAUUGGGUUUCGACAGGAAUGUAACAGGGGCGACUAAUAGUGAGGUUGUUCGAUGCGCCGCUAUUUUUUGUCGGAGGUGUCUCAGGGUGAAGGUCGGUGGUGGUGUCUGCCGGAGUUUCUGUUUACUAUGUAUAUAUACUACAAUAUCUCAUAAUCGUUUUUUAUCCUUAAACCCACUUUUACCCUUUUUUUUAAAUUAUUUUUUUGGACUUAACGGCCUAAAUUUAACGGACCCUGACGGCAGCCACCUUAUUAAAAGGCGGAGGUAAAGUUCAGCCACAAAUAUGUAAUUUUUGAACUCCGGCCAACAUUUUGUAAAAUUUGGGAAACUACAGCCACCACUUUGUCAUUUACUCUUAUAAUAAUGCACAAACGAACGCUUUUGAGUAUGCAUGACUCAUACUCGUUAUGUUUUAUUGAAUCGUUCCUUUUUAUUAUUUUAUAUCUUUCUUUUUACUUUGUGGAGGGAGAAAGAUCGAGGCCCCUUCUCCUUAUCAGCUUUGUAUGCAUUGCAUCUCUCUUUAAAUAACAGAACAGUUCUUGAUCUUCACUUUAAUAUAGUCUGAUCUUCAUUCUUACAUUUGGAAAUGGUCUUUUAAAGUCACUUAUAAAUCUUCUAUAUUCGUAAUUUGUCCGGUCCUCUUGUUUAGACCAACUGUAUAUGCAUUGUUGCAUAUAAGUUUCAGACUAGUUCACUUAUUCUCACAUCAAUGGGUUGUGCUACUUCCAAGCAAGAGAAGCAUGUGUGUCGAAAAUGUCGAGAGCCGCUGCCUUCGCUGCCACGGAGCUACUCGAUGCACGUUCACCACUUGCCGCGGGACGAAACGGAUACGUACCAUGUGGUGGCUCUGACUUCCACCACAUUAGGCUCGCUGAAGCCGGAUGCAUUCGGUCAGAUUUAUUCGGUUCGAGAUCUUCGUGAUCAAGAUGAGAAGGAGAUGCAAAAGGAUGAGUUUUCGAUGGGAUUGGUCGAGGCCAAAUCAUGGUCGAGAAUGAUUGAUGAGAAGUUGCCGAAAGUUGUUUCGAGAACUCCUGUUGAAACGCCGCCAGGGGAGCCUGAGACGAUCAAUGCUUGGGAGUUGAUGGAAGGGCUUGAGGAUAUGAGUAGCCCUGUUCAUAGUAAUCAUCGCCAUUUUCGGAGCCUUUCGUUUAGUUUCGGGCCAAAUUCUGUUAAUUCAUCGUUUAAGCAUCCGACACCGAAUAUGCACAGAAAUUGUAAAGGUUCACCUAGGCCUUUGUGGAUGGAGUUGGAGGAAAAUGAUUCGGAUUCUGAUCUGGAUACGGAUGAGACAUCAAUUGUAUCUGGUUUUGAUCCCGAUGUGAUUUCGGAGAUUAGGAAAUCAUUGGAGAAGUUGCCACCGGAUAAUUUGUUUCACCUGAAGGCGUUGGAGGGUGAGAAAGUAAUGGAUGAUGAGGAAUUAGAUGUUAGGGAUUUCAAGGCCUUUUCGAUUGGUUGUAAAAAAGAAAAGGUUGUGUUAUAUUUUACGAGCCUUCGAGGGAUUAGGAAGACAUAUGAAGAUUGUUGUAAUGUUAGAGCCAUCUUAAAAGGGCUAAAAAUUAAAGUUGAUGAGAGGGAUGUGUCUAUGCAUUUGGGGUUUAAGGACGAGUUGAAAGAGCUAUUGGGGGACGGGUUUGGCAGGGGUGGUUUGCCAAGGGUGUUCGUGGGAAGUAAAUACAUCGGUGGAGCUGAGGAACUUCAGAAAAUGAACGACGAAGGAAAGCUGGAGAAAUUUUUGGGAGACUGUGAAAAGAUCGAUGAUCAAGGUGGAUUUGGCGAUGGAAGCGUUUGUGAGGGGUGCGGGGAUGUAAGGUUUAUGCCUUGCGAGACGUGUUCAGGGAGUUGUAAGAUAUAUUAUGAAGCUGAUUAUGAUGAAUAUUGCGAGGAAGAAGAUGAAUGCGGAUUUCAGAGAUGUCCUGAUUGCAAUGAGAACGGUCUUGUACGCUGUCGAAUUUGCUGUGAAUAACAUUAUUGAUAGAAUCCUAGGUAAUUUUUCCGCUGAUUUUUGGGUUGUUUCUGGAGUUUGUUUGUCGUAUAUAGUUUUUACAGAGUACUUGCAUCGUUUCUUGUAAUAGAAAAAAGAUUGACUAAUAGGUUUCUUACUGGCUUGUAAUAGAUGCACAACUCCUCCCACAAAACUUGAGAGUUGAGUUGCAAUCAAAAUGGUGAUCAAUGUCUUAUAUUCUGCACCUCUUCA